GGCGCGGUUUAAAUCUUUUAUUAUUAUUUAUUAUUAUUAUUGUUAUUACAACAUUUAGCUAAUUAGUUGUUACGCUCGCAAGUAACACUGGUCGCGAAAGAAAGUAUUUCUUGAUCAAUGGAAAUUUAUGAUUGUAUUUUUGUUGCUAUUUCACUGAUUCAUGCUGAUUGUCGAGUUCUCAUAUGCACCACGCGGAGCAGCGGGGCGUGAAGGAAUUCGUGUUCUAGCAACACGACAAACAAAUAUCUGUUUGCAUAUAUACGAAGCCAAACUGAACGUGGUAAACAGCACACGCCAGAAACACAGAUAUGUUGGGCUUAACACUUGUCAGCAAAGUUCGUCUCGACUGAGUUUGUCCUCGCACUGCAUUUUAUCAGAUUAACAAUUUCAUUUAUCGAUAAUUUGUCUGCCAAAAUGUCCGAAGAAACCAACGAGCUAGCCCUGCAAAGGGAUCAAACAACACACGAUUUUGUGACGGGUUUGAAGGAAAGAGAGGAACUUAAAGCGAAACUUCACGAAAAGGAGAGAGAAUGUAACACACUUAAAGGAAACAUUUACGAUAUGAACAAAAAAAUGGAGGAAUUGGAAAAGCAACUGGCUGAGAAGAAUAAGGAAACCAAAAAACGACGUCAAUCAGAGGUAAAAAAACCUAAGAGACCAGCUCAAAGAAAAAGAGAUAAAGGAACUAAAGGUGCAGGAGAGAGAACACCCGAUGAAAGCAAUAAAGAGAAUAUAGACAACCCAUUUGAUGACCCAGAAAAGUUAUACCAGGAAAUUGCCAGGAGAUAUCCUGAUGUUCCUCUGAGUACAGUUCUCCUUGCAGAGAAAAAGUUUGUGGAGGCAGAUCUUGAUAGGAAUGGGACCAUAGACAGUGAUGAACUAGAAAAGAUGUUGGAUUUAAUAGCUCAGCAGGGGAGCUCUCUGAUGUACACAAAGACAGAAAUAAGGGAAAAGAUAUUUAAGAAAAUAGAUGUGGACAAUACAAAUUCUAUAGACUUCUUUGAAUGUAUAGGGAUUUUAGAGAUGAUGCGACAAAACAGAAGCACUGAUCUGCCAGCUGCCUUACAACAAAACAAGAGUGCUGUUUGUGCCAUCCAAUAGCAACUUAUAGAGUGAUCAUGUAAAAAAAGAAUACAGACCAAACACUUUUGAGAAUUUUAAGGAUAUUGACAUUGUCAUUUAGUAAUAAAAAUUAUAUUCAGUGUUAAUUCACUGUGGGAAGUAAAAUUAACAAGAGAAACUUGUUAGAAGAUCAUUCUUUGGUUGAUAUUGGUAAUUGCUACUUUAUGGUGCUUUAAGUAUGCGCACAUGUUAUCAUAAUGAUACAGAAUGUAGGUGUCAUGAUCAAUAUGCAUUCAACUUUUGUACACAGAUGGUUGUCAAAAUGUCCUAGCCAAGUUAGAUUUGUUUGGCAUUAUAUUGUGGCCCUUGACAACAGUGGCAAAUGACACAGCUAUACCAUGGCUAUUAGUCUUCUAAAAUAUUUGAAGAAUUUGUUCAAAGUUUGCCAUUGUACAUGUAGAUCUGUAGAGCAUCAGGUCUUAUCUCUUGGUUCAUUUCUCACUAGAUUUACUAAUCUGCUCAAAUUAUGAAAUUUAUAUAAAAAACAAAACAAAAAUAACAUUGAAAACUGAUACUUUGUGGAUGAGAUGAACCACAUUGAGCAUAUUUAAGCCCCCACAUAUUGGUUGUGUUUGUACUUUAAUAAUAAUGAUGACAAAGAUAACAGUAAUAUUAAUAAUUUUGAUAAUUACAAUAAGGAUAAUGUAUGGCAUUAACAAUAAUGAUGGUAGUUAUAUUGAUAUGUGGCUAGAAUUCCAGCAUCAUCCUUCAUGGUUUCCAGAGAGCUGGAGGUCCUAGGAAAAAUCAUCAACUGUGAAUUCAUUUUUUGUAAUCUUUUCUAAUAACAAUUUUGUUUGGAGUCCCAACAUGAUUCUGAUUUGAAGAAAUCAAAUCCUUGAAUAUACACUUGAAAGAUUUCAGAUUUGAAUUUGACUGAAGCAAGAGCAAACAGAUCCAAAUUUAAAAAAAUUAUGAGUUUAUCAAUAACUAGACUUCAUGGGGCUUACAUUUACUUCAUAUGCGUUGAAUGUUUGUAAGAACUGCAACAUACUUUAUUAUCAGUCAUUUAAUUCUAUCAAUUAAUAUACUAUGAAAAUUUGAACAAGCAAAAGAUUAAUUUUGCUAUCUUAAAUUAUUAAGUAUAAAUUAUUUUGCCUUCUAUUCAACCUCGCACACAAAGGCUGUGAACUGGCCAGACCUAAAUUUUAGUACAGAAUUUUCUUAGGAAUUUGUCUCAACCUUUAACUAUGGAAAAUGUAUAAGUCAUGUUUACAGACAUCUUGUCAAUUGCUGCGUUUGAAUUACGUUCUAAUAAAGUUAACAUAUUUAUCAUA